AUGGGGACCUCAAAAAAGGAUGAGGCCGCCUUUUCCCCGCUGACACUGCCCCAGCGUAUUCCGCGCGGCUGCGUGCAUGACAGCGGCUUUGCACCCAACGCCUUUGGUGGCUUCACGGCCCAACGAGAGAAAAGCAGCGGCACAAGCCGCAUUCACACCUCCUAUCCCUUCUCUUUCCUCCUCCUUCCUUCUUGCCCGCCGUGUGACGCCGCCUCAGGUGGCCACUCAACCUCCGCACGUAAUGCGGGUUCCUUUGCCGCCUGUUCUCCCUCACGCUCGGCUACGCGCGUUGGGCCACGCCGCUCACGACUGCGGGGGAAAAGCGGGAGAGAGGAGGAGACCACGCAGUGA